CUAAUUUCAGACCCGCCCCCAAAUUGUUGGUGUCUUUCUAUUCGUGCCCCUGAAUUCUAGGGCCAAUCAAUCUUUUACCUUCCACCACCAACUAACUACCUCCUCCCUCCUCCACUCCACGCGAUCACAAUUUUCAUUAACUUUCUUUCCCACUGCCCAAAAGUAGGGUUCUCGCUUUGGUAGGUAGCACAUGGAAGAUGGAGGGUACGGAUACGGAUACGGAUACGGAAGGACAAAAAUCCAAGUCUGUCGUUACAUUCCCAGAAUGAUCGCCGGUGCUCUCUCUGGAGCUCUCACAGGCCUCUUUGCUCUCGCUGGGGCUUUUACAGGAGCUGUUACUGGUGCUUUAGCUGGUCGGGCAUCUGAUAGUGGUGUUUUUCGUGGAGCUGGACUUGGUGCCAUUGCUGGGGCUGUUCUCUCUGUAGAAGUUUUGGAGGCUUCACGUGCUUACUGGUGUUCUGAGCGGUCAGGCUCACGAAGUUCAUCAUCUAUGGCUGAUUUCAUAGAGGAGCUUUUCCAUGGUAGAUUUGUAGAGGAACAAUUUCCACCAGCAAUUCUGACAGCUUACCAUUGGCAGGUGACUGUUGCCAACAUAAGGUAUGAUGAUGUUUAUGAUACCUACGGUGAAGUGCCGUCCAGAGGAUUGUCAGAGGAGUCAUUAGAAAAGCUACCAUGUCAUGUUAUACUGGAUGAAGUCAGGACAGCACAAAGCAUUCAUUGCACAAUAUGUUUACAGGAUAGUGAAGUUGGGGAUAUCGUUAGGUGCUUACCCAGAUGUCACCACACAUUUCACUUGACUUGUGUAGACAAGUGGCUCACUAGACAUGGUUCGUGUCCUGUCUGCAGACAGGAGGUGUAGAUACAUAUAGGCUACGACUGUACAGACAAGGACCAGGUCCAUCUUCGUGUGUGUAUAUAUGUUGUAUGUAUAUUUGCUUUGUAACUAAUUUAGUGCUGCUAAAAUAAAAACAAAGUAGCCGUCUUGUGUACUUAAUGCAUGCCCUUGUAAACAAUCAGAAAGCGGAGCAGGUCUGUGCAUCCCUCUUCCAAGUGCCCAAAAUGUAUAUUGCGCUGCUUCCUUGUGCUGUUCAAUGCAAUUUUUUACUUCUCUAGCGCA